GAGUUUCUCAUCACAACUAAGAAUAAAGUGAGCUGUUUGGUAUAAGAUGGGGCUAAAAGGGAAGCUAGUUGGGCAGGUGGAGAUCAGUUUCCAUGGAGAUUUAUAUCAUGAAAUCUUUAGGGAGAAACCCCAUCAUCUGCCCUCCAUGACCUCAGUCAUUCAUGCAGUUGAUGGCCAGUGGGGAACUCAGGGCUCUACCACCAUCUUUAAAUAUACACAAGAUGGAAAAACUGAAAUUGUGGAGCAUGUUAUGGACACCAUAGAUGAGGAGAAGAAAAUAUUGACAUAUAGGGCAAUAAAAGGCGACGUUUUGAAAUCCUAUAAGAGUUUCAUCUUAACAUGUCAAGUUGAAACUAAUGGUGAUGACAACUUUGUGACUUGGACUAUUGUGUAUGAAAAACUGAAGGAGGAAAUUCCUGAGCCGCUCACUUAUCUGGAAUUUUUUCUAAAAUUUACCAAAGAAAUAGAUGAUCACCAUGCCAAGCCGAAGCCAUGAAUAUGAAAUUAUAAUAAUAUAUUAAAAUAAUGGAGGCUUUGUGAUGUAUGAUGUAUCAGUGCCUCUAUAUUCCAAGUGUGUUAUGUAAAAUAAUGUAAGGAAUUAUUUCCUUGAUGUUCAUAAAUAAAAUGGUGUGGUAUUUUAUAAUGUUUAAUAAUUUUAA